CGGAGCCGGGAGGCAGGACCGGGCGGCGGUCGGGGUGAAGGGAGCGGUCGGCGGCCGGAGCCGGGAGGCGGCUGGGGUGAAGGGACCGGGCGGCGGACGGCGGGAGAGGGCCCGGGCCGAGGCUCCGGAGUGGAGCCACUCACCAUGGACUUCAAGACGGCGGUGUUCAACGCGGCCCGCGACGGCAAGCUGCGGCUGCUGCAGAAGCUGCUGACCGCCAAGAGCCCCGACGAGGUGUCGGUGCUGGCGGCCGAGAAGACCAACGGCGCCACGGCGCUGCUGAUGGCGGCCCGCUACGGCCACCUGGACGUGGUGGUUUACCUGCUGGAGGAGUGCGGCGCCGACGUGGAGCUCGGCGGCUCCGUCAACUUCGACGGCGAGACGAUCGAAGGGGCGCCGCCGCUGUGGGCCGCCUCGGCCGCCGGCCACCUGUCGGUGGUGAGGUCGCUGCUGGAGCACGGCGCGUCGGUCAACAACACCACCCUGACCAACUCCACGCCGCUCAGGGCCGCUUGCUUCGACGGCCACCUGGACAUCGUGAAGUAUCUGAUCGAGCACCGCGCCGACAUGGAGGUGGCCAACAGGCACGGCCACACUUGCCUGAUGAUCUCCUGCUACAAGGGCCACCGCGACAUCGCCAAGUACCUGCUGGAGAAAGGGGCAGAUGUCAAUCGGAAAAGCGUCAAAGGAAAUACAGCUUUGCAUGAUUGUGCUGAGUCUGGGAGUCUGGAGAUUAUGAAGAUGUUGCUUAAGUAUGGAGCCAAAAUGGAAAAGGAUGGUUAUGGGAUGACUCCACUGCUUUCUGCCAGUGUAACUGGUCAUACCAACAUCGUGGACUUCCUAACCCAACACCCACAAACAAGUAAAAUUGAACGUAUCGAUGCCCUGGAGCUACUAGGAGCCACAUUUGUGGACAAGAAGAGAGAUUUGUUAGGAGCUAUGAAAUACUGGAAGAAAGCCAUGGACAUGCGAUACAGUGAUGGGGCUAAUAUCCUUGCCAAGCCAGAGCCCCAACAGUUGAUAAUGGCUUAUGAUUAUGCCAAAGAAGUGAUCUCAGGAGAUGAGCUGGAAGCAUUGAUUGCCGAUCCAGAUGAGAUGAGGAUGCAGGCACUGUUAAUCAGAGAGAGGAUACUGGGUCCUUCGCACCCAGAUACAUCUUACUACAUAAGAUACAGAGGCGCUGUAUAUGCUGAUUCUGGUAAUUUUGAAAGGUGCAUCAACUUGUGGAAGUAUGCAUUGGAUAUGCAACAGAAUAAUCUGGAUCCACUGAGUCCAAUGACAGCAAGCAGUUUACUGUCUUUCGCUGAGCUUUUUUCUUUUAUGCUACAAGACAGAACAAAAGGAGUCUUGGGAACUUCUGUAUCCUUCAAUGAUUUGAUGGGAAUAUUGAGCAAAAGUGUCUUUGAAAUAGACAGAGCCAUGAAGCAGGAACAAGCCCCAUCUGACUUGACACAGUUGAGCAAAGCCCUGUCGAUAAUCUUGCAUCUAAUCUGUUUGUUAGAGAAGGUGAAAUGCAGCUCUGAGCAAGAACAUCUCAAGCGGCAAACGAUCUACAGAUUCCUAAAACUGAACUCUCGAGGAAAGACUGGGUUUUCACCCCUUCAUCUGGCAGUUGAUAAAGAUACUACUUCUGUGGGUCGUUACCCGGUUUGUAAAUUUCCAUCUCUGCAGGUUACUGCAAUGUUGCUGGAAUGUGGAGCAGACUUCAAUGCAAGAGACUUUGAAAACAACAGUCCAUUGCACAUUGCAGCACACAACAAUCACCCAGAAAUCAUGAAUCUUCUAAUUAAAGCAGGUGCACACUUCGACACCACAAACUCCCAUAAACAGACAGCCUGUGAUUUACUGAAAGAGAAGGAAAUGGGAAAAAAUCUGAUCCAGCCAAUCAACCACACAACUUUGCAAUGUCUUGCUGCCCGUGCCAUAGUAAAACACCAAUUAGUUUAUGAAGGACAGAUUCCAGAAAAACUGGAGGCUUUCAUUUUACUUCACAGAUGAUUUGAACAAUUUUUUGAAUGUCUGUAAAUAUGAGAGGAAAUUGGUCAUAUGCUUUAGUUCAUCUGUACGCUAAAGGAUGUUGAAUAGAUUCAGCAGCUUUUAGUGAAUUUUGACUGCAUGUUGUUUUUGCUGCCUUGGUCACCUUGCACCCAGUUCAUGCACCGUGAUAAUGCAUGUGUGUAAUGUAUAUUGUAUCUGUUCAUCAGUAUUUUAAUAGAUGUCUGAAGAUGUAUGCUGCUUUGCUUUUGGUUUAACUUGGGAUUGAUUAGUUCACAGUUUUAACAACCUCUGCUGAACUUGAUUUUGUUCCAGUAUUUACUAGUGGAAUUGUAUUUUCAAACUAUCUUUAUAAACGUCUGUGCUGAUUAGUGUUAAUGCAAUAUUCAGUUUCUUAAAACAAAAUCAGCUUUGUCAUUUUUGUUUUGACCCUGCACAUUGUGGACCAUUAUUUUUUUCUGCAAACUGUCACAGCUGGCUUUAACAUCGUUGAUACCUUAAGUGCUUUUAAGUUUCCAGUGGAGUGGCUUGGAGAAAAGACUGCUCUGUUAACACAUCACUAUGCAGAUCCUGGAACUUGAUUGGAAUGUUGGAUAUAUUUCUUGUGCUCUUAGUGGUCAUUUAGUUUAAAAAAAAAAUGUUUUUUCAAACUGCUUGAGGCAUUUCAGACACUUUGCUGUUGGAAGUACCUAUGGGCUUUUUGUAUAUAAAUAGGGCUUCACCCUUAAAGUUGCUGCAUUCGACUCUUUUUUUUAAAUGUCUAUUACUGAGGGGGUUGCAAGCUACUUUUGGUGCACACGUUAAUGAAUCCCUGUCUUAAGAUCCAACUCUUUUUAAUGGCUUUUUACAGCAAACAAAAUUUAUUUAAUUUGAAGUCAGCCUGCUUCCCACAGGGUGUUUAUAAUUGCCAUCUUUGCAUCAGAAGUUUGUAUCUGAUAAACAAUAUCCACUUUACUGUUGAACAGGAAGGGUGACAUUUUUGAAAGUUGUUGGAUUCAGAUAAUUACUGUAAUUCUGCACUUUACUGAUAGAAAUAAGAAUUAAAAUGGCACAUUGGCCAUGUAUGUCUUAAAUGAAGCAUUCACAAUAAAAUACAAAACUUGCC